AUGUAUCCCACUCGACAACGAAAUUCCUGCGAAGCAUGCCGGGCACGGAAGCUCAGAUGCUCAGGCGAAAAGAGUGGUUGCUCUCGUUGCCGGGGCUUAACAUUGACAUGUAAAUUCAAAGACAAAGGAGCCCCUGGAAGGCCGAGAAAGCGCGCACGACAAGAGGAACCAGACCGCGAUUUACCGAACGAAGAGGAGCGAAUAGGAUCUUCAAGCUCCUCGCAUUUCUCGCCUGUCAUUUCUCAAUCGCCCUUUGACUCUCAUGAAGCCGGCAAUAUGUUAAUGGGAGCCGGUGAGUUCGACUCAUUACCAUACGAGCUAUCCGGUAGCUGCGGAUUCGAUUCCUCGCACUGGGAGAUGCUCGGGAACGGCGAUAUGUGUUCCUUUCCCAUUGAGCUAUUGCACACAUCACGCCAGAGCGGAUUGCAUAACCCGGAGGUACCCUCAAGAGCCUUGGAUGCAUACGUCUCUCCCAUGUCGUUCUCUCAGUCUUGUAAAUGCGACGAAGAGGUUUCCGAUAUAAUCCGGAGCCUGAGCCGCGCGAAUAUGUCACACGAUAUCGUUCCGAUGCUCCGCGCAGGCGUGUCCCUCACAGAGAGACUACUGACCUGUCCUAUGUGCUACGAUGUGUCCAAACCGCCUCGAGUAACGGUUCAAAAUGUGCUCCUCAUCGGCCAGCUCAUGUUUGAAAUAACAUCCGGCUACCAAAGGUACAUCCGCUGGCUGCAUAAGCACUGCACUGAGCUAGAUAUCAGCAACGAGACUAGGACCGUCUAUCUUGACUGUGGGCUUGGAAUACCGUCAGAGUUGAAUCUACAAAUCAGCGGCGAGAAGCUCCGGGACCUUGUCGUGCACGGCCUCCAGACAGAUACAGACCGGCUUUUGGUGUUCGGUGAACAGUUUGCGCAGCGGCAACGCAAUCGCCAUAUGGUCGGCCACGAAAAUUGCCCCAAUUCUGAAGGCCGUUGUCGGAGAAAGGAGGAUGCUGUUGAUCACGACCCGCUCGAUCUCUGUCCACAUGAUCCGAUAGCGCGGAAGUUGGUGCCUUGUUUCCGUAUCGUUGAUGAGGUUCGCGGGAUGAUCAAGCAAGUUGCAGAUGCCGUGGUGUGA